AUGGUAAGCAUGGUGAAGAACGAGCCGUUGCCCCGACCUCAAUCAUCCCAUGACUGGACAACCAAACUCCUCUGCAACCCUGCGUCUUGGAUCGUCUGCGCGUCCUCACCCAGGAUACGGUUCUUGAGAGGUUUGGACAUGGACAUACGCAUUGAUCAUGUUCCGGAUGUCCCUUGCAGUACUCGUGAGGGUCAUUCUCAUUCGUACCCUAAUACAUCAUUUACUAAAGGCAAAGAUGCUGUGAGCCAAGCAGGCACACCUCGUGCCGUCUGCAAGCUAAAUCGCUACAACCAUGAUUUCUUACAUCUCAUCUACUUUCAUAUUUUGUCCGGUUCCACAGCUGGAUCCUCGGGUGGUGAAUAUGCACGUUGCAUUGCUGGGCCAUUGCCCAGUGCCUUUGAAUGCUUGACGAAGAUGUGGCCGGGGGAGUAUAUAAUUUCUGUGCAUCCACUUAGCUACACGAAGCUCAACAGGCUGUCCAUGACGGACAUUCAAGAGAUUGGCUGGUGCUUGUCUGUGUAUGCACGAGAAUAUAUUUCAGUGUACAUUCCACACUGUUUUAAUGGGAUUGCAUUACCCUUGGCAGAGAUAUUGAUGGUACAGGGGAUCUCUGCAUUCGCAGCAGCAGAGUUCGGAUUGGGCGCAGAUUUGCUUUCGACUUCGUUGUUACCGGGUGUACCACCAGACCUACUGAACGUACUGCAUGGUGCAGGCACUGCAGACAAGCCAGAAGGGAGCCCAGCAUGA